AAGAAUAUGUAUUGUUAGCCCAAAGAGAAAUUUUGGUGAUUUUUUUAAGCAGACGACAUUGAAUUAUUCAAACCGAAACUAAAACUAAAUAAAAAAUCAAUGUCGAUAAAUAUGACAAAUACGUAUACACGUUUAUAUCUGUGAUGAAAUUUGUCUGAGUACUUAUUUACAUAAUGAGACAGACUACGCGAGAAAGAAAAUAAAAUGAAAAAAAAGUUUGAUUACUGAUGUUUUAGUAUUAUGACAGAGUAGAAGUCAUAUAAUUUUACGGUUAUAGAUAGAUUUUGGAAAAACGUUUUGAUAAUAUCAACUUGAAAUAUGGAUUCGACAGACGACAAUACUAUUAUUAAUUAUCGGAACCAAGAAAAAUUCACAGUGAAAGAAAGUUUUAACUAUGAUGCAUUGGAUAAGCUCGGUUAUUCGAAAUCAUUGUGUGAAAAAAGGAUAAAGAUGUAUGAAAUCAUUUCAAAUUGUGGCACAGAGUUGAUACGUCGAAGAAAAGGCGAAUCUGUGAACACUGUUGUCGCCGGAAGUCGAGCAGAAGGGAUGUGUACGUCAUGUGACAGUGACGUGGAUAUUCUUUUCAUACACAGAAACAUACUUUGUACGAACAGUGGUCUUAAUGUUUCUCCUGAUAGAGAUGUGUUCUUUAUCUUUCAACUAGACUUUGACGACGUUCCUAGUGGAUAUGCGAAGCUGCGUUUGCAGAAGUUUGACGAGUACCGCAGGAAUUUACAGUUACGGGUGAAUUUAAAUCUAGCAUUUGUUCAAAGAAAUGUUCAUAUCUACCUCAGAAAUGAUAUGUUAAUAAGUACAUUCUUUGACCAUUUCCAGAGACAAGGAUGGGUUAAGCAACAAUCGGUUUUUGAUGAAAUCACCGGUCCAGCAAGAACAAUCACCGUGGAGAUGCCGACGAUGCCCGAACUUAACAUUAGCGCAGACUGUGUUCUUGGCAUUAAAUGCAACUGUCCUUCACUAUUAGACGAUUGGUAUCAAAUGGAACGGAAACAUAGUUGGCCGAGUAAAGAUUUGGUCGAAGCCGUGAGAAAGCUGAAUGUUCUGGUAGUGCCUGCCGGGUGUAAAGGAAGCGCAGACGAAGAACUGCAGUGGAGAAUGUCGUUUACUUUGGCUGAACAAGCUCUUGUUCACUCUUUCAACGACGUUCAGAUUAAACUUUACGCUGCGUUAAAAAUGAUUGCAAAUCAUGAUCUGAAGCCAAUUUGCGAUAGCAUUACGUCUUAUAUUCUGAAGAAUUUGCUAUUCGUAUGGUUUGAAAACAACGAAGUUGCCCAAGUGACAAAGGACAGGUUCGAUGCCACGUUGAUACAACUACUUGUUCAACUAAAGAAGUGCAUAACUUGGAGGCAUUUACCGUGCUACAUGAUUCCAUCAAAAAAUUUGUUGCAGAAUAAAAUAUUCGAGAUCAAAAGAGUGCAGCUAAUUAGGCGUCUGGACCAUGUCAUUUCAGACCGUGACAACGUGCUACUAAGGUGUCCGAAGGUUAAACUAAUGAAAGAACUAUCUGAAAAAGAAUUCGAAGAGAUGGUUGCGUUUAGGGAGUUGUUCGAACAGGAAUUUACUGCAAGGUUUUGGGUCAGUGCGAAUUGUCCGCGUCUUACCGGUAAGAUAUGGGACUAUAACCAGAAACCAGAGCAUGUUUUUAAGAUAAUUGUUGACCAAGUGUUCCCGAUUAUACGGGCCUACAAUCCCAUGUCGUUAUUUGACCGCAUAAUCUCAACAUCUAAAGAAGAGUUUUACAAUUGUCUGGUCAAUGGAAUUCAACGUGGGUAUCAUAAAUCGUAACAAAGUUUGUUUCAGAUGAUAAUUUGACAAGAACGCUUAGAAAUGAAAUAAAUUGACAGGUGGACCUCUCACUCCUUUAGAAAUUAGACGACAUAUCAUUUUAGUGAAUAUCAGUUCAUUUUUCCGAAAAAAAAGUAAACAUGGUGGUUGUUAGAGGAACACGGACCCUUAGUUCUGCUAUUUUUUUUCAACAAGUAAUGACGUCGGAAUGGAACCGCUCUCACGUGUCAAAAUUGUACUAAAAAUAGGUAUGUGAUACGAAAAUUACCGAAAGCAAGAGUCGCUUCUAGUCUAUUUCGAUAAUUGCCGAAGUAAGGCGGAUAACUAUGGGUGCAUUGGCGUUCGAAAUAUUUUAGUUAAAACAAAUAAUACAGUAACAUUCAAAUAAAUCUAUGUGUGCUUACAUAAAAAAGACAGAGAACAAAUCACCAAGAUAAACUAUAAGAGUGUACUUUCACAAAAAAACACAAACGUAUUUUCACAAAUGUACACAAAGGAUGAACACAUAAAAGAAAUAGGAUAGGUGUGUACAUAUGUAAGGUCAUUUAUCACGUAUACAGUGCGCAUUGAUAUCUGGUAAAUGAACGCUCGACUUUUUUUUUAUCUCUCCUCGGCGAUAAGAAAACGCGGUUGGUGUCUGCUUUAUUUGUUCUUAUGAAAUAGUAUAAAAUGUACAUUUUAAGCCAUAAAUUCAUGUGUUUUUGUGAGCAAGUAUUUCCGGUUUGUGCACUUUAAAUAUGGAGUUAUUAAGUUUUAUGUCAGUUUUGAGUGCUGAGAAUUGUGAAUAUUAACAUGUGUUCAUAUUGAAUCAUGCAAAAUGAUUACCAUUGUCUUUUGACAAAAUUGUUUUUCUAUUUUAAAAAAUGAUAACGGCACCUGUUUUCAUCAUAAGUAAAUAGAUAAAAUGAACCAAGGAAUUUGAAAAAUAGGAACGAUCUUAUUGGAAGAAAUAUAAUUUCAACCACAUAGCAGCACUGAUAUGAAAAAAUGAUCAAUAUAGCUAUAAAAAAUACAAAAAUUAAUGUGUCA